AUGGGUCUUACUUGGACAAUUUUGAAAUGGUUUCUAGGACUAUACCUAGUUAGUUCUUACAAAAGUGUCCCUGGUGCAUAUUUUGUAAGAUUCUAUGCUGCUAUCUUUCCUAUAGUACUAGGUCCUUUAAUUACAGGUAACAAGAAUACUAAAAAUAUUAAGAGAUUACAAAGCAAUGAAAUGGCUGUUUUAGGUUAUGUCAAGUAUAAGACAUACGCAUCCCCAAUGGAAUGUGAUUUCUAUUUGCAUAAGAAUAAUGCUACUUAUUUCGUAGAAUUAGAUGUCUCUAGAGGUGAAUUGAUGACAAAGAUAUUACAAAAAUUAUUUGUGGAAUCUGUUAAAUAUCCAUAUUUUCCUGUGGCUAGUGUAUUCACAAAUUUCUUAAAAGAAAUUAAACCUUUCGAAUCAUACACUGUAUCAUCUAACAUCUUAUGUUGGGAUAAAAAAUGGAUCUACGUCGCCAGUAGAUUCAUGAAGAAGAAUGAUACAAUAUUAUGUUCAUUUUCUUUAACUAAAUAUGUAGUCAAAGAUGGGAGAAAGACUAUCCCACCAAAGGAAGUAUUUGAGUACUGUGGUAUCUAUAAUGAAAAGGUCGAAAAGAUUGCGCAAGAUAAUUAUAAGAUUUUGUCUGAAAGUUCAGGUUUCCAUGAUACUACGCUAUUGGAACAAUUAAAAUAUGAUUAUUUAGCAUUAUAG